UACUAAAAGUAUAAUUUACAUGAAUUAAAAGAAAAAAGACUUGUGUUUUUAUCACCAAAAUUUUCCUUAUUAAUUAUCCAGAGCACGAGCAUUUCAAUAUAUAUAUACAUGUACUUUAACAAAGUGUGCAUAAAAUAUACACACAUUUGUACAAUAUCUGAAGGUUCUGGAUGGUAGACUUAAUAGACACGGAUCAGAUCAGAUAGUUUGACAUUAUAUUUUCUUUAUAUUACCACUUAAUAGCUAUUAAUAUUACUAUUUUAUUUCAAACUUUUACUUAUGUUUAUUUUUAUUAGGGUUAUUACUACCAGGAAUUGUAAAGUGAGAGUUAUAAAAAAAAUUUGGUGUGAAAUGAUCAUUUUUCUUUUUUUCUAAUGACACUUAUCCUUUUGUGUUACUUGGAUUCCUUCCAUACUCUUUUCCACACACUGGCUCUCUCUUUCUCCAUUCUUUAUUUUGGUGUCUCUCCUUCUCUCUCUCUCUCUCUCUCUCUCUCUCUCUCUCUCUCUCUCUCUCUCUCUCUCUCUCUCUCUCUCUCUCUCCUGCAGAAAAUAGAAAGGAGCGUCUUUCUGCAUAGUUUGAUGGAAAUGAAGGAGAAUUCAGUUAAGGAACCAAUUUGGGAACCUGUUGAACCUGUAGCUCCAACAACCAGGACCAAAACCAAGUCCGUGGAAUUUGAAGAACUCUCCUUGGACAAGCCAAUUUUUGAAGCUUCCCCAUUCGUCGUCAUUAGCCGAGCUCUAUCUGUUAUAUCUGCGUUCAUCGCUAUGCUCUUUUCGCUUCUUGUAUUCGCAGCUUGUGUCCUCAUUUUUUGUCUAGAUGCCGCUAACAAAUGGCUAAUGAAAACCACAGAGAAAUUAAACGCCAAGGGUAAGGAAAGAGAGAGCCACGUGAAUCGUGGCGAAACCAAAAAUUUUCUGGAAGCUAGUUUCAGUGGGAAAGAUAAAGAGACAAGGAACACAGAAACCAAUAACCCUAACCGACAUGGCAACUACAAAGAGAAUCGAAGAUUGUAUGCUUCCGUCAUUACUGGCAGCCAAACUGUCAAUUCUGUUGACCAUGGCUAUGCAAUUGAUAACUGCUUUAACAACUAUGGCGACGGGGAGCAAGAUUACAGCUAUUGUGAGGUUAACAGUUCUACAAGUAGAGAUUCCUAUAACAACCAUGCAUCGGGCCUACAAGCUCUCAGCGGUGCAAACAUUUGGACUUCUAAAAGUGAAGAUGCCUUUAACAACAUGAGCAUAUACUCACAAACUUACAGGGGUGCAAAAAUUGGCAAUUCUGAGGAGCGCAAAGCAAUUCGUCGUGCCUACAACAAUGGAAAGAACGGAGUCCAAAACUACGAUGGUUAUACAAAUUUGCUGGGGAAACAUAAUGAAUGAACACCAAAGUCCUUGUUGACAUUCAAGAGAGAGAAAAAGUAUGGAUUUUACAGACAGUUAUUGUUAUCAUGCAAUUUAUUUAUCAUGUAUCUCAAGACUAUGUUUAUUGUUGGUAUGCAUGCAUGGACACCAUAUCGAACUGUUUGAUGUUAAUAGCUAUAUGUUCUACUCUUCUUUCCCAUA